AUGAGCCGCAUAACCAAUCAGCGAAACGAUCCAACAAACAAAACGACAGAAUUGUCUUUUUCAAACGACUUGUUACAAGAUAUUCAAAGUAAUUUUUCAGCCGUUGAACAAUCGCCUUUUGAAGAAGUUGCUGCUUGUGUAUCAAACACAGAUGAUGAAACACUUUCGUGUAAUACGUUUCGAUCGUGGACUAUCGGAAUUGCAUUUACAGUUCUAACGGGUGGCCCAUAA